AUGUUCCCAACACUCGCCUCUCUCCUCGCGUCGGCGAUGCUCGUCACGGCGGCCGUCGACCAAGUGCACCUUGGUCUUACCAACGCCAACGUCAACUGCCCCAACGGCGUCUCGGUCGCCUUUGCGAGCGACGUGAGCAGCCCACUCUCCGUCUCGUUUGCGACGCCCGGUGCGUCGCCCAAGUCGGUGCCAACGACUGUGGACUCGUUCAAGUUCAAAUCCAAGCUCUACAGCUACACGUCGCCGUUUCUGCACACGGCGCGGCUCUGCAACCUCGAGGCCAGCGCCACGUAUGCGUAUGCGAUUGGCGGUAGCGACAAGGCUUGCGCGGGCAGCUUUGUCCAGUCGUUUGUCAUGCCGCCACGCUCCGACGCCGACACACCAACCGUGCUCGGUAUCAUUGGCGACGUUGGCUCGGAUCACAUUGACGACACCUUGCGCAACACGGCGGCCGGUAUCAACGGCACGGCCGCCCACGCCAUCUUCAUCGUCGGUGACUUGGCCUAUGCCAACGGCGAGUACGAGCAGUGGGACGCGUGGUACCGCCAAGCCCAGCCGAUUUUCUCUUCGAUUCCGACGCUUGCGAUCAGCGGCAACCACGAGACGACGAAAGGCGGCGGCGCCACGAAGCCAAAAGACAAGAAGAAAUUUCUGCCGGAAAACUACCUCGGGUACAUCCACCACGUCAACAACCCGGUCUCGGCCGCGCAGAACGCCAAGCUGCGCACGUACUACUCGAUGGACGUCGGGCAUGUCCACGCGGUCUUUGUCGACGAUUAUGCCGGGUACCGCGGCGACGACGACGAUGUUGUCGGCACGCAACCGUGGAUGGACGAGCGCAACCUCCAGCUGCAGUGGCUCGAAAACGACUUGGCGGCAGUGGACCGCCAGAAGACGCCGUGGGUCCUCGUGCUCAAGCACAACCCGUACUACAACUCGUGGGACCGCCACCAGUGCCAAUGUGACAAGAAGCGUUUUGAGAUCUCGGACCCCGACAAGUGCUGGGCCGGCGAGUACCACGAGGACUCGGACAAGAAGGCUUCGUCUCAGCCGCACUGCGCCAACCAGGCCAAGUUGGAAGACGUCUACGUCAAGUAUGGCGUCGAUAUUGUUGCCGCGGGCCACGUCCACUCGUACGAGCGCACGGCGCCGAUCGUCCAGAACAAGAUCGACACCAAGAAGGGGGUCGUGUACAUUACGACGGGCGCUGGCGGCCACGGCAACGACUGCACCCGCCUCAAAGAUGUCCCGGCGUGGUCGACGGCGGCGUACAGCGGUGCGUUUGGUGCCACGCGCAUGGUGGCGACGCGUGAUGCGCUCAACGUGUACUGGUUUGCCAACAAGAACGAGACGGCUCUGGACGCAUUUGUGAUGACGAAGGACGGCAUUGUGAGCUCGACGCCAAGCGACCUCAUGACGACGAUUGGGCUGCCGCCGGUUGUCGGUGUCUGUGACCUCGACGACUAG